GACUUGCUCAUAUGUAAAAUGGAAAUAACAGGGCUGGGCGCAGUGGAUUAUGCCUGUAAUCCCAGCGCUUUGGGAGGCCGAGGCGGACAGAUCACGACAUCAAAAGAUCGAGACCAUCCCAGCCAACAUGCUGAAACCCCGUCUCUACUAAAAAUCCAAAAAAAUUAGCUGGGCGUGGUGGCGCGCGCCUAUGGUCCCUGCUACUCAGGAGGCUGAGGCAGGAGAAUCGCUUGAACCCGGGAGGCAGAGGUAGGUUGCAGCGAGCCGAGAUCUCGCCACUGCACUCCAGCCUGGCGACAGGGCGAGACUCCGUCUCAAAAAAGAAAAAAAAGGAAUAACAGUACCUACCUCGAAGGCUGUUGUGAGGUUUAAAUGGAUUAAUAAAGCGCUCAGCAGAGAACCUGGAACGUGGUAAACGCUUUAUGUGUUAGUUAUUUCUACCAUCGUAAAUGUCAGCUUUUACAGUUAUAAAACCCCUUUAGCGCCAGGCGCGUCGCACCUGCAGCUCUGCUGGAAGCUGGGCAAGCGGUCGAGCAGGCGGCCGAGCGACGCCUCCACGUCGCCAAACAGGCGGUGGAUGCGCUCGGUGCACUCGGCGCCGCGGAUGAAGGUCUUGUAGUUAGCGAAGGCCAAGUCGCGCGUUUGCUGCAGCAGCUGCGCCCGCUCCUCCGCCAGGCGCUCGGGCUCGCGCCGCAGCCGCUCCAGCCCCGAGCCGCUCAACUCCCGGAGGUAGCGGCCCACAUCGGGCCGCUCGCGCCACUGGGCCUCGGGGAAGCGGUCCCGGAACAGCGACGCCAGGAGCCCUUCAUCCUCCACCUCGCCGAGAGCCGCUGCCGUAGCCGUGGCUACCGAUGGGAUAGUCGCCGCGGUCGCCAUCUUCCCAGCAACAACGUCACUUCCCUUCCGGACCACAGGGGGCGCUGACUCCGAACUUAGGACAGGAAGAAACAGGCACAUUUCCGGUCUCUAUGCUUUCUCAUCCGGCCGGCUUGCUUUCCCCUGCGGUCGUCCAGACUAUUGGGCGCUAGCGAGACGAACUAUUGGUACGGGGCUAGAGAGGAAGGCUUUGGGGUUGCCGGGGAGCAGCGAGCGACCGACUUCCGUUUCCAGUUACCAAGGCACGAGGAUCCGGUGUUCCAACCCAGGGGGAAAAAUGCGGCCUUUGACUGAAGAGGAGACCCGUGUCAUGUUUGAGAAGAUAGCGAAAUACAUUGGGGAGAAUCUUCAACUGCUGGUGGACCGGCCCGAUGGCACCUACUGUUUCCGUCUGCACAACGACCGGGUGUACUAUGUGAGUGAGAAGAUUAUGAAGCUGGCCGCCAAUAUUUCCGGGGACAAGCUGGUGUCGCUGGGGACCUGCUUUGGAAAAUUCACUAAAACCCACAAGUUUCGGUUGCACGUCACAGCUCUGGAUUACCUUGCACCUUAUGCCAAGUAUAAAGUUUGGAUAAAGCCUGGUGCAGAGCAGUCCUUCCUGUAUGGGAACCAUGUGUUGAAAUCUGGUCUGGGUCGAAUCACUGAAAAUACUUCUCAGUACCAGGGCGUGGUGGUGUACUCCAUGGCAGACAUCCCUUUGGGUUUUGGGGUGGCAGCCAAAUCUACACAAGACUGCAGAAAAGUAGACCCCAUGGCGAUUGUGGUAUUUCAUCAAGCAGACAUUGGGGAAUAUGUGCGGCAUGAAGAGACGUUGACUUAAAACGAAGUCAUUCCAAGGACAGACGGCUGUAUGGAAAGGCCGAGCUUUGUUUCCUUUGUUUGUGUGGACUCCACCAUCAUGUUGAAUUUUGUCAACACUCUGACCUCUUCAGGGACUUCUUAUUUACUGUACUCUCUAUCACUGACAAAUGCAGGCUGGAUUCUUAUUAUAUACAGAGAUGGCUCAAAAA